CUUGACUAGAUAAGUCGUUCCUGCUUUUGGACGAGACAUUUUAUUUUAAUUAAUUAAUUAUUUCUAGUGAGGCUAAUAUAAUUUAAAACUAUGGAUUCUGACCUUUUUGAUAUAUCUAUAGUUAUUGAUCGUUUCAAAAAAGCAUCCACAAGUGAGGAUGAUGUCUUAUUGGAGUAUUAUAUUGAGGCAUUUAAAGAAAUCUUGAAGUUCUUUAAUGCUAUGGGUACAAUUUUUGGAUUUGUAUCUUCAGAUAUCAAAGUUAAAAUUGGAAUUCUUGAGGAGUUUAGAUUAAAUAAAGAAGUUUGUGAUAAGUUUUUAUCUGUUAAAUCUAUGAUGGAUUAUGAAAUGUCAGCCGAAUUAUUGCAAAAGAAAGAUUAUGUUUCUGGCUGUAGAACACUUUUGCGUUUACAUAGAGGUUUGGACUUUACACGAAACUUUCUACGAAAACUUGCAGAAUUAAAUCCCGAUGAUAAGACGAGUGAUGCAUGUAAAGUCUCUUAUCAGGACACAUUGGCUCCUUAUCAUCCAUUUCUAAUAAGAAAGGGUGCUAAUUUAGCAAUGUAUGCUUUACCCACCCGUGAUGUUUUGCUUACUAAAGUUUGUAAAGAUGUUGGUUCAGCCGUUAAGGCACUUCCUGAAAUGCUUCAGUUUACUGAUGUCGUUUAUGAUCGAAUUCAAGCUCUUUACAAAUUGAAUGACCUUCUAGCUCUUCCAUAAACAGCUUCAACUAUACUUACUUGUCAUUUGCUGAAAACUGUUUAAUAAGAACUUUAAAUCAAACGUUUUGCUCAAUGCGAAUAUCAAAAAAAGUAGAUAUAUGAUUUUUUGAACUAAG